CUGAAGUAUCCGGGCAGAUGGGCCAUCUAGACAACGCUAAAUUGACACGUAUGGUACCGUCCACGUACUACAUGGGUGCAGGAAAUGGUUUACCUCAUACAAAAUGAUCUGGAUGUGUCUAAAGCCAUGGAUAGAAAUAUGGAAGAGAGAUUCAGUUAUUUUGAAUUUCCAUACCCUGGACUCAAAACAAUAAGUCAGGAAAAGCCACCAAGAUUCAUUAAAUCUCACCUUCCAUGUCAUUUACUGCCAAAAAGUAUGACCACUUCAAAAUGCAAGAAAAUAUAUGUAGUCAGGAAUCCCAGGGAUGUAACAGUGUCUUAUUACCAUUUCAUAAGAAUGAUCAAUGAAAUUAAAUACAGAGGCAAUUUCAGGGGAUUUUUUGAGAGAUUUAGGCUAGGCAUGGUUGCUUAUGGGCCAUGGUGGGAUCAUGUGAAAGGCUAUUGGGAGCAUAGGGAUGAUGAAAACAUGUUAUUUCUGAAGUAUGAGGACUUGCAAAAAGAUCCUUAUGGGGGAGUAAAGAAAAUUGCAAAAUUCCUGGGAAAAGACCUAAACGAAAAGGAAGUAUACAAUGUGGCAGUAUACUGUAGUUUCUUUUGCAUGAAGGACAAUCCAGCCUCAAACUAUUCUUGGUGGGAUACUUUUGGUUUAAGAGAUAAGAAAGAGGCAAAAUUCCUACGAAAAGGGAUAGUUGGUGACUGGAAAAACUACUUCACAAAUGACAUGUGUCACAAAAUGGACCAGGUAGUGGAUGAAAAAUUGGCAGGAACGGGUCUGACAUUUGAAUACGAGAUACCAAAACGUUGAUUAUGUGACAAAAUGAAUGCAAGCCUCUUAGAAACCCAUCUCUCAGCAAAAUUUCUAAAACAGUGUUUUGUGCCAAUUACUGUACUUUGUAUGAUUUCUCUAUGGUUGACAUGUCCUAAAUAAAGGUGGCAUUUUUUGUUCCUACUCUGAUCUUUCUGUUUUAUAUCUGCCUGUACUUGCACUGAAACUUUAAUUUUUAUUGUGUCAUGAACAUGCUGCGUUUGCUCAAUCUUGACUCUCUGCUUGUUUACUGGGCACAUUAUAACGUCACAUGCACCCCGACUUACCCCUCCUUCCUACCGGUACAUUGUUUCCUAAGAUAAAUCUUGAUUGGAUAAAACUUUUUAAUUAUUCAGGGAUAAUCGGAUGAACUAGUAGCGUACUGGCAAUUUCUCUCAGCCGUAAUAUGAUAAGUGGGUUCGAUACUUUAUAAAGGCCUAUAUUUGGCAAAAUGACGUUUCUCCCAUUACUUUUACGUGAAAUGCACACCAUAAUAUAAGCGCAAU